CGCGCCGCUCCCGCCCGCGGACACGCACCCCCGGCUCUCCCAGCCGAUGUCCUGAAGGGGGCACAUGUUUGCAUGGCUCCUGUGUCUUGCCUCCUACCUGUGGAUUGACCCAGCUUCCACCACAGACAGAGAUGAUGAGGUUGUCUCCUUUGGUGAGCAGGGGACUCUUCUGGAAGUAAGGGGAGUUGGAUAUUUCUGAGUGAAGAUGAAUUUAGCAGAGAUUUGUGAUAAUGCCAAAAAAGGAAGAGAAUAUGCACUCCUUGGGAAUUAUGACUCUUCUAUGGUAUAUUACCAGGGUGUCAUCCAGCAAAUCCACAGACAUUGCCAGUCGAUCAGAGAUCCAGCAAUUAAGGGCAAAUGGCAACAGGUCCGACAAGAAUUAGUUGAAGAAUAUGAACAAGUUAAGAGCAUUGUCAACACUUUGGAGAGUUUUAAAAUGGACAGACCUCCAGAUAUCUCUGUAUCCUAUCAAGAUGAGCCUUUCAGAGAUCCAGCUGUUUGGCCUCCUCCUGUUCCAGCAGAACACAGGGCUCCACCUCAGAUAAAACGUCCCAACCGAGAUGGAAAACCUUUGAAGAAAGACUCCCCAGGACUUCAGCCCCGCGGGCCCGCGGGCAGAGCACAUGUUCUCUCCAAGGGGGAGAAAUCUUCAGGCAGCCGUGAAAGGGAACCCAGAGCUAGAGGAAGAGAUGACAAGGGAAAGAAAAUACCCCAGGAAUUUGGUGAUGGGGAAAUUCCAAAAUUUGAUGGAGCAGGUUACGACAAAGACCUGAUCGAAGCUCUUGAAAGGGACAUUGUAUCAAGGAAUCCAAGCAUUCAUUGGGAUGACAUAGCAGAUUUGGAAGAAGCCAAGAAAUUAUUAAGAGAAGCUGUUGUUCUUCCAAUGUGGAUGCCUGAUUUUUUUAAAGGGAUCAGAAGACCUUGGAAGGGUGUGCUGAUGGUUGGUCCUCCUGGCACUGGCAAAACAAUGCUAGCAAAAGCUGUUGCUACAGAAUGUGGGACAACAUUCUUCAACGUGUCUUCCUCUACACUGACAUCUAAAUACAGAGGCGAGUCUGAGAAGCUGGUUCGUCUCUUGUUUGAAAUGGCACGGUUUUAUGCACCAACAACCAUCUUCAUUGACGAGAUAGAUUCCAUCUGCAGCCGCAGAGGCACGUCUGAUGAACACGAGGCCAGUCGCAGAGUCAAGUCAGAGCUGCUUGUGCAAAUGGAUGGGGUAGGUGGUGCACUGGAAAAUGAUGACCCUUCCAAGAUGGUUAUGGUAUUAUCUGCUACAAAUUUUCCCUGGGACAUUGACGAAGCUCUCCGACGGAGACUGGAGAAGAGGAUUUAUAUACCUUUGCCCACAGCAAAAGGCAGAGCAGAACUACUUAAGAUUAAUCUUCGGGAAGUAGAACUAGAUCCUGAUAUCAGCCUUGAAGAAAUUGCUGAGAAGAUUGAAGGCUAUUCUGGUGCUGACAUCACUAAUGUUUGCAGGGAUGCAUCUUUAAUGGCAAUGAGAAGACGUAUUAAUGGCUUAACUCCAGAAGAGAUUCGUGCACUUUCUAAAGAAGAGCUUCAGAUGCCGGUUACCAAGGGGGACUUUGAGCUGGCUCUGAAGAAAAUCUCCAAAUCUGUUUCUGCUGCAGACCUGGAGAAGUACGAAAAAUGGAUGGCGGAGUUUGGAUCUGCUUAAUCUCAGUGACAGCUUUCCUUUGCUGGAGUUUUAUGGUUUUUGUUGUUCUCACUUUCAAAAUGAGUUAGAAAUCUUUUUAAAGGUUUAAUAAAAGGUCUGCCUCUGCCCUCAUCCCACCCAUUUCUGGUGACAGGAUCUUUUAAGCUAUUUGCCUUUAAAGGGAAUGAACAGAAUAAUGAGCUGAUAUUGUAAAA